AUGCAAACCCCAAAGCCAAAAGCAAUAGGCAGGACCAACAAGAGCUUCCCAGCCGGCUGCAUCCUUCUGGGCUGCUCUGAAAAGCCACAGCUAGAAACGGUUCUCUUCUGGGCUGUGAUCCUCUCGUACACCAUGAUCGUCCUCUCCAACUCAGCCAUCAUCCUGCUCUCCUGCGUGGACCCUCGUCUCCACACCCCCAUGCACUCCUUCCUCAGCAAUCUCUCCUUCCUGGAUCUCUGCUACAACACAGCUGCUGCGCCCCAGAUGUUGUCCAACCUGUGGGGGUCAGACAAGAGCAUCACCUACACAGGCUGUGUCCUCCAAGUCUGUGUGUUGCUCUGUCUUGGGGCCACAGAAGGCGUCAUGCUGGUGGUGAUGGCCUUUGACUGCUAUGUCGCUAUCUGCCGCCCCCUCUGCUGCACCGUCAUCAUGAACACUCCACUGUGCUGGAAGCUGCCCUUCUGUGCCCACUACCGCCUGGAUGCCUUUUUAUGCCAAGUUCCUGAGCUCAUACGCCUGGCCUGUGGGGACACUGCUGCCAGUGAGUGGCAGAUGACCAUCUCUGCUCUCCUCUUCACCGUCGUGCCAGUGGUAUUGAUCCUGACUUCCUAUGGCUUCAUAGCUCAAGCCUUGGGGAAAAUCCAGUCUGAGGACGGAAGGCAGAAGGCCAUCACCACCUGCUCCUCCCACCUCACCGUGGUCUUCAUUUUAUAUGGGACGGUGGCCAUGGUGUACACGGACCCUGAGAACAAACUUGCUUCAAAACAUGGCAAGUUCUUCACCUUCUUCUUCACCGUGGUUACACCACUGCUGAACCCCCUCAUCUACACCCUGCAGAACAAAGAGGUGAAGGGGGCCCUGCAAAGAUUCCUGAGGAAGGGGGGCAGUGUGAGGGGAAAGAAUAAAUUGAGUUUUUGA